AUGUGUGUGUUUAGCUUUUACCUAAGAAACUUAUAAUGAUUUUUACAGAAAUCAAGACUUAUUUGUGCUAUAACCUUAAGUAUUUCUCAGUUGUAUUAGUCGUGAAUGCUGGAUAAGAAUAAUAUUGUUGAUAACUUAUGUCAAGAUAUUGUAAUAGCCAACUAGGUCUAGUCCUACUAUAAACUAUGCGCUUUAGGGUUGUCAAAACAAUCACAGCAUUUCUUAUAAUUUUAAACUUUAUAUCAGUUUUCUUUAUAUGGAAGUUCUUUGCCCUGCACGGGAAAUCAUCCAAAAGUGACACCAAAUUACCGGAUUUGGAAAAUAAAAUAAAAAGUUUUGUACCUGCUAGCAAAAGUCCAGAACAUAUCAAUCGAGUUCAAAGUGAGAUUACGUUUGUUAUGAGAUCCUUUGAACCAUUUGAUCAUGACAUUAUUGAAUCAGUUUAUAGCUUGCUAAACAUUUAUCCAAGAGUGAAUAUUCUAAUCAUAACGGAUACACCUUUCUAUCCACCAAUAAUACUGAACAAGACAAAUGCCAGCACUGUGAAAUUUGUGUCAACUAAACCUAAUCUUACAGGAAGUUUAAAGGACAGAACUCCAAUCCUACAUAUAGAAACCAGAUAUACAUUGUUUAUACCUGAUUCAACCCGCUUGAAUAACAAAAAAAUAGCUGAAAAGCUAAUUGAUAUUUCAUUGAAGAAUGACACAAUUCUUGCGAUUCCUUAUAAAUCCAAAGAAUUGAAAUGUCUUAAGAUACAUUUAGAUAUAAGAGAAUGGUUCAUUCGAUUCGACAGUUCACAGCUUACAAAAGAAUGUGACUUUGUAAAGGGGAAGCAUGCCCUAUUUUUAGAAAGUAAAUUACUCUACAGGGUGACAGAUCCUUUCAUGCUACCAUUUCCUGAUUCUCUGUUUAUACAAUUAUCUUCAAUGUCUGUUAAGGUGAUUAUAGCUGAUGAAUUACAAAUGAGUAGUGGGAAAAAACUGCUGAAAAGCCACCAUAAUCAAUGGAAGGCGCAACAGGCUGAUAAAGACCGUCAGAAAUCAAUGUUCCAUAACUUGGAACUUAAGAAGGUGGUCAGAGAAAAUGGAGUUAUUGAGUGGUACGGCUGCAAGCGUGACACACCGAGAUGUUUUGGUUCCAUUGUAGACGAGACGCCUCAGUACUUGUGGGAAGGGAAGUGGACACCGCCAUGUUGUCUAGCUGGUCUGAGAAGGACAGCGCGACAUGUGUUCGAGCAGUUGGAAGAAGCCGGUGUGAGGUAUUGGUUGGAGGGAGGCAGUCUGCUUGGAGCCAUGAGAGCAGGAGACAUCCUGCCCUGGGACUACGACGUUGACAUCGGAAUUUACAAGGAGGAUAUCACAAAAUGCACCUGGCUACUGCGAGCCGGCAUCAAACCCAUCACAGACCAGCAAGGCUUUGUCUGGGAGAAAGCAAUUGAAGGUGACUUUUACAGGGUUCAAUUCAGCCAAGUGAACCGGCUGCAUGUGGACAUUUUCCCGUUUUAUUCGAGAAACGGCACAAUGACAAAAGACACUUGGUUCAAAACUCACCGGCAAGAUAUGGAGUUUCCCGAACACUAUUUGAAACCGCUAUCAACAAUAGAAUUUGUAGGGCGUCCCGUCUCUGCGCCGAACAACAUCCACGACUUUUUAGAGUUGAAGUUCGGAGAGGGAGCUAUUGAACACCCCGAGUAUCCUAAUCCUCGCAAAAUGGAAAUCCAUGGUAUGUCCAGAGGACCGGUUAAGAGUUAAUCCGAUCAGCUGAUUUGGUAAGGCUUUGUAAAAAGAUUUUGGUACGCUCUACAAAUUUUUUAUUGCAUCAAACUACAUUUGAACCGAAAUAAUGUUGACAUAUUAGAGAACCUAACCAUUUUGCAUGGUAUAUUUUAGAACUUUAUUUAAACCAGUUACCUAAAAAGGAUACCAGCUUAUCCUUAUUAAUAGUCAACGAUAAAUGCUAAUUGCCCUUUACCCUAUGGAUGCCAAAUUAUAUAGGCCCCAGGCAUUGGAUAAAUUUGCGUUAAUAAUAACCGUUAAGAGCCUAAAGCCAAGCAAAGUGUUGUGAUGAAAUGCCAAGGGCUAAAAACAAUUUUCCUUUUAACUGACUAAUUUUUUAUCCUAUUUUACAGAAACUCAUACAUGUCCGUAAUGAAUUUUCAUAUACAGGGUUUUUUCUAAACUCCCUACCCUACUGAUCUUUAAAGGCAUUUAUCUUUCCGUAUAACCAAUAAGUAACCUAUUUUUAAGCCAGUUAGCGACUAUUUAUGUGCCAUACUUUAAUUAUGUUAGUGUUCACGUACUAGUCCAACUUAAGUUUAGAAAAGAUUGUUUAUUUUUGUUAUAACCUAUGUGAUAAUGUUGUAGCGCAACUGAGAUUUUACUUUUGAAUGGGACAAGGUUUAGGAUUUUUUAUUGUCCAAGUACAGUAUAUUAAUCACAUAACAGUAACCUUAAAAGUACCUCUUUGGUACCCCUUAUAAACCUCUUCGGGGGUCAAGUUCAUCACCUGGUCAGCAGGUCCCUGAUAUUCUGUUGUUUGAUGUUCAUGUUAAACACAUAUUUUUGGUGCUGAUUCUUUUCAUCUGUUGGAAAUUUUGUUUUUAAAUUCCCUGCAAAGUUAUACUACUAACGUAGAUGGUAUAUUUUCAAUUUUCAUCAUAAAAUUUUUCACUUUUAUCUUUAUUGUUCAUUAUAUUGACAAUAUCAAAAUAUAGGUCAUUCCUAAACACUGUGGGAAAAAAUACCCUACCAUAUAGUCUUACACAAGGCAUCUGUGAUAUUUUAAGUUAUUGUACUCAUGGCAGCAGCUAGAUUCAUUGUGAUUCUCUUGUUUCAAAUAAAUUUUAACUGACAAAGCGUAUCUUUUAGUCAUGAUAAGCAGAGGAAGUUAUGGUCUAUUCUAAUGCUGGGGCCUCACAGCCAAAUCUGUAUACCACCAUCUUAUUAAAUUAUUCAAUGCCAUAGCAUUGUCAUAACAUUUAUUCAGAUACAAUCUGUACUGUAUUAUUGAAUUUCCCAUAUAGGUAAUAAGCCAUUACCGUUAGUCUCAUACCUAGCAUUCAGAGUGAUUUAUUUUUUGUUUUGAUGUCCCCAGAAGACAAAUAGCCAUCCGUUUAAACGUAUAGAUAUGUGUGUAUGUGCAUGUGUCUGUUAGCACAAUAUCUUCAGUAAAAAUAAACUUAUUUGUAUGUUACUUGGGUGCAAACGUGUAAACAAUCGUUAAUUUGAACAAAUUCGCAAACCAGCAUUAUUGAGCUAUGGGAACAGUGUUUAAUGGGGUGAAAAGUAGUUUUUACCAUUUUGACCCUAAAGAUAGAACUUUAUUAUUAUUUUCUAAACCAUUUUGUAGAGCCUAAAAAAC